UCAUGUAAGACAAAGUUGUUAUUAUUAUCAUCAUUACUUAAGGUUGCUACAUGUAUAAUGAACUUCAAAUUUUGAGAAUAAGACUAAUGAAAAAUUUCAGUAUGGCAAGAAUCCCCAUAAUAAUUGCUUGCAUUUUAAUUGUUUUCCAACAAGUAUACCUACCUGUAGUUCAAGCAGUCAGCACUGUAGAAGGGGAUGAAGCAUACUUAGCUUUUCCUUACCCAUGUAACAGUUCACAAGUCACAUUACAACAAUCAACUAAAGUCCCAUUUUACAGAUCUACUGAUGGCUUAUCACCUUACUUGCCAUCAGAUCAGGUUCAAAGAUUCAAUGUUCAGAACAGGAUUGAAAAUGGAACCUGCUCUUUGGCACUGACAAUAACAUAUCUAAGAAGAGAUGAUCAAGGAUCAUACAUUUUGUUUGUAUACAAGGAUGGUUACCCACAAAAUGAUGAUACACAAAAUAUCAGGCUUCAGGUAGAUUACCCUCCUGGUAAGGCAUCGUGUGUUGUGGGUCAUAGUAAAGGUGGAGAAUGGGUAGGGGUAGACUGUACAGCUAAUGCUGGAACCAUACCAGGGAAAAUUGAAUGCUACCAGAAUGGUCUAUGGAUGUUUCCCCUCAAUGAUCCUACAGUGGUAGACUCUUUGUUGAAACAGACCUUCUUGAUCCUAGAAUCACAGCCAGCAUUUUGCUGCUCUUCCCCUUGGCAUGAGUACAGGGAAAGAUGUGAAUGCAACGACACUGCGCUGUUUUUAGAUGAUACAAGUGAAAAACCAUGUCUGACUAUAUCAACAACUACUAGGGAAGUUACAAACAAUGUUCAGUCUUUUGAAUCUACGAGCGAACCUUCAUCAAUAACCACAACAUCAAUAACAGAUACCCAAAAGGAUGACAUAAUUAUAUCAUUAUCUGUCAUAAUUAUAAUAAUGAUGUUAAUAAAUUUGUUUUUCAUUUACAAGUUCAGGAAGAAGUACAAUGAUCAUAGGAAUACUGGGAGAAGUAAUCAACCUACCGGUAAUGAAAACUGUGUCAAAGUCAAAGAUAUUCCUGAGGAGAUUGCACUUCCUAGACAUGUUAAUUGUGGAGCUCUUUCUGAUAAUGGCGAGUCAGUGCAGUAAUUGCAACCUUGAUUUCAAUAUCAUUCAAUAUUAUACAAAUAAAGAAUGCUUAUGAGUGCAAUGGACAGAAUACUAUAUGAGGUGAAAGAUGAAAUGAUCCAUUCAACGAGGCGUAGCCGAGUUGAAUGGAUCAUUAUUUCACCGAAUGAAGUUUUAUGUCCAUUGCACGAAUGAAAAAACAUUCAUUAUUUGGUUUAUAUGACACCUAAAAAAGGCCCUUUUUCCAUAUGAAAUUUGAUACAAAACAUGCUCAUGCAGUGCGAGUUCGGUCUGUUGAUUGUUACGUCAUUACAACAUGCGCACUGCUGGUGCAUGAGCUGCAGUCUCGGUGCGCGAGUGCAAUGGACAAAAUCGUAUGGAUCCAAAAUUGCACGAUGAAUGGAUCCAAAAUUGCACGGUCGAUGACGUCAACUGCCAAGUUCAGAAGGAUUUUGGAAUUCUCUGAAGGUCAAUACCUGGAGAGCUUCUGUAUCAGUUAUGCCCAAACUUCUUGAUGUUGAUAUUUGGAUUUCAGUAGCCCACAGUAGCACUCAUGGUCAUCACAUGAAGCUGUACAAAUAUAGAAGCAAUUUAUUAUUUAGUCCCCCUAAGAUUUGUAUUCUCUUAUCACUCAUGUGACGGACCAUACAAGGAGGAGAGCAUCCCUGGUAGCUGUACAUGCAUGUAAAAGCAUGUUUGUCAGUGAGGGGAUGACUGACUUGUGAGAUACAGUUAAAACGUCCUGGUCUACCUUCUUGUGGUGGGGGAUGUUAAACUCAUUGCAUGCAAUGAGAACAGACAGACCAGGGUGGCUGGGUGAAAAAGUCUCAUCACCUAGUUAUUGAGCAACUGAAAACAUGUCCAGCCUGGGCAUCGGUUCUGACAAACCUUCAUGAUCAUGGAUAAAAGGAAAGAUAAAGGCCGUUCAGCCCAAGGCCAGAAUGGGGACAUGAUCAAAUAUAUAUAUAUAUAAAUUAUAUAUUAUUUCAUGCCAAUGAUUUGUAUCACAAUGUACACAUUCUACUGUAAAUAUUGUUUGGUUUUGGGGAUAUAAAACUAUAAUUCAGAUGCUAUACAUACACAUAUUUUACAACUUCAGGGGGGAGGGGCCUACAUUAUACAAGCUCUGCUUUUCUGUUGGCCUUCCCUCUCUUUAGAUUUAUUUUUACACUUUGAUAAUUGUCUACUGUAAUAUCAUGUUAAUUUUUGUAUACACUUCAAAUGUGAUUAUAUGACACUACAUGUAUGUCAACUGCAUGAUAAUUGUAAAUAUGAAAAAUUGAAAGUGGAAAAUAAGACAUUUGUAUUAAAUUGAAUUGAAAAAAUAAGUACAGCAUAGAGGGGAAUUGAGAGAAAAAUGCUGAACAUCAAGGAACAAAAUAAGAAACAUGGAACUUCAUAGACGAUCACAAACCAAAGGUAAAAGAAACAAAAUGGAGAUCUUUGGAACUCUCUCCCUGCACACAUUCAAGAUGCACGCAACACUGACACUUUUAUUUAAGAAGAGACGGAAGAUGCACCUAUUCCAUACACAGCACAAAUAAACAUCUCUGUCAUCUUUACUAUCUUGUUAUCUUGUAUAUUAUGUAUUUAUGUAUUAUCUAGUAUCAGUAUGAUUGUAAGUAAUAUUCUCAAAUCUGUGAAGAAAAGGAGAGUUUCUCUCCCUGUGAAAUAUAAUUUCCGAGACCAGUGGUAUAUAUAAACAUAAAAAAUAAUGGUUAUUUUGAUUGCUGGGGAAAAGUUUCUUUCCAUCUGAAACAAUUUGCGAAUGCGCGGGUGGGAUCUUAUGUAAUAACGAUCAAGGAAAUAUGAAAUAAAAUAAUUAAUUAUGUAUCUCUCAGUAUUUCUUAAUGUAUAAAGAGCGCUUAAAAUCUGUUGUCAAAAGUGCUUAUAAAUUUCAAUAUUAUUAUUAGAAUUAUGAUAGUGCCAGAAUCGGGGGGGGGGGUCAAGAUUUCAUGACUCAAGUUGAAUUUUAUAGUCUAAACGACAGAAAUAUUAUGUUAAUGUCUAAACAAUGAAAUUGAUGUUACAUGUAUAUUGCUGAACAACAUGCUGAAUAUAAUAAGGGAGCUGUCAGUUAUACAAAAUAAAGUAAGAGAGCUCUCAGUUAUGUUGCAUAGAAUAGGAGAGUUGUCAGUUAUGGUGCAUAAAAUAAGAGAGCUCUCAGUUAUGGUGCUUAAAAUAAGAGAGCUCUCAGUUAUGGUGCUUAAAAUAAGAGAGCCCUCAGUUAUGGUGCUUAAAAUAAGAGAGCUCUCAGUUAUGGUGCUUAAAAUAAGAGAGCUGUCAGUUAUGGUGCUUAAAAUAAGAGAGCCCUCAGUUAUGGUGCUUAAAAUAAGAGAGCUGUCAGUUAUGGUGUAUAAAAUAAGAGAGCUCUCAGUUAUGGUGCUUAAAAUAGGAGAGCUCUCAGUUAUGGUGCUUGAAAUAAGAGAGCUGUCAGUUAUGGUGCUUAAAAUAAGAGAGCUGUCAGUUAUGGUGUAUAAAAUAAGAGAGCUCUCAGUUAUGGUGCUUAAAAUAGGAGAGCUCUCAGUUAUGGUGCUUGAAAUAAGAGAGCUGUCAGUUUUGGUGCUUAAAAUAAGAGAGCUGUCAGUUAUGGUGUAUAAAAUAAGAGAGCUCUCAGAUAUGGCGCUUAAAAUAAGAGAGCUCUCAGUUAAGGUGUAUUAUAAGAGAGCUCUCAGUUAUGGUGUAUAUGGAACUAAAUGAAUUAAAUGACAAAGGUGAAAUAACUCUUGACUUAAUAAAUCAAGUUAAAUUAAAUUAAAUUGCAAGUAGUUAAACCAGAUUUAAGAGGCAUAAGAUUACGUAACAUUAGGCUGAUAAUGAUACACACAGUAAAGAACGGGUAAAGGAUAUAGAAAACUCUAAUGGAAUAGAAUAAUGUACUUAGAGGAACAAUUUUAAAAUGUGGUGAAUGGGAGGGAAAGAGAAUUAAAUUUGAAAGAGAAGCUAAAAAAAAAAAACUUCUACUCAUGUUUUAUGGCUCUACUCUCGAGUUUUCUUCCUGUCAUAUUUAACGGUAUGUGGCAAUAAUGGACAAUGCAUUAUAUUUUUAUUUUUUUUAAAGUUUAUAUUCUAAGAUGAUAAACUCUCAUGGCAUGAUUACAUUGGUGUCAUUUGCAAUUGUGUAUCGAAAGGUGUGGGUAUCCUAUAUAGUUCAAAACAUGUUCCGCAAUAUAUUUUGAUUAAGUUAUACUUUCAUUUUCUCAUAUCAAUUACUGCAAUGUUUGGUCAAAGUCCACUGAUUAUUUAUCAACAGAUUAUAUGUAAUGCAUAAUAAAGCUUUGAGGAUAAUUUGUGACACCUCUCAUGAUGCCCAUAGUAAUAAUACUAAUUAACAUCAUUUAUAUAGCGCUUAUCACAAAGAAUGUAUCUAAACGUUUAAGGAAAAUACAUAGAAAGACAAGAAAUUUCAGCUAAAAUCAAAUUAUACAUGUUGACAGUUGAAAGUAGACAGUUGAAGCAGCAUAUGCUAAGGACGAUCUAUUUAACGAAAAAGUGAGUUUUUAACAUAGAUUUGAAUUUGUCAGUUGAGUCUGCUUGUUUUAUGCUCUGAGGUAGGUUGUUCAAAAGUUGAGGGAUGCUGAAUAAAAAGAUCGGGAACCAUAAGACUGGGUGUUGAUGGCGGGAACUGGAGCUGAUUUUAUCAAACAUUGGAAAGUAAGCAGGAGGAUCUUAAAAUCAAUUCCUUCACAAACCCUUAGCAUAUAAAGCUCCCUGAGCAGUGGAGUGACAGACUCACGUGAAUGACGUUUAGCAAAAAGCCUAGCUGCUGAAUUUUGUAUUUUCUGCAGUUUGUUAAUUUGUGUAUCAGGUAGACCAUACAGAAGACUGUUGAAAAGUCAAUGCGAGACAUGACCAGUGCCUGAACAAGCCUCUGGGAGGUCUUUUUUGUAAGAAAUUGACGGAUGCUACCGAUAGUACCUUGCCAUUUGUUCACGAUCGUCACUUACUUUGGCUGAAAUAAAUAGUUUCAAUAUUCAUUGAAUCUACAUCAGUUAUGUCUUAUUUCAAUAUCUUAUUUUGAUCAACUAUUGUAUGCGUAUGUAUGUAUUAAUCAUUUUUGUAAAUUGUACGCAAUUCAGCUGUAAGGCUGCUAUGUGCAAUGUUUUUUAUACCAAAAUAAAUUUUAAAAAAGUACUAUGCAAUGUUUAAAUGUAUCUUUGUUCCAAUUCACCUUUUCCCGCUUCCAUAAUGUCUAAAUCUUGCCUGAAUUAUUUCAUUUAUCAACACAAAAACCAGUAUCAGUUACUAUGUGUGCAAAUCCCAGUUUCUCAUUAACUCAAUUUUUUUUCAAGGACCAAUUUUUUGGAAAAAAUUUACAUUCUUUUAAAAGAUUCCGAGCUCACGUUAUCAUAAACUAGCUCUUAAGUUUGUAUUCUUAAUUUGCUAGUAUAACUACGCGAUUUAGAGGAACGUGUUUAAUAUUUGUUAUCAUUUAUGUUACCUGUUUUUUAAUAUCUUAUUAUGCUUGUCUUAGAUGUCGGGUCAACAUCUUAUAAGGCUAUUCGCCCUUUUUUGUUGGCCACUCAUAUUCAUAAGCAUAUUGCUUUCUCUAUGUUGUGAUAAUGUUUUACUUCUGUAUCUUACGUACCCUUUUUCAUGUUUUUUUUAUUGAGAAUGUAAAUGAAUUGGAUUGAAUUGAACUAUGGAUAGCCCAUUGUGACACAAUCUCCUAACCAUACAGGUUUGAUUUAUCUUCUCAUCUGUCAAUCUGAUCAUUCAUAUAACUGUCUGUAAAUAUUUUAUGAAUUAAAAUUUGUCUCUAUUGUAGCAAGAUGACAAAGCACAGUAAGCAUAAAAAACCUACUAUGUACAUAAUCACAAUUUUGAUCCAAUCUUACUUACAGGUCUUUAGCAAAAAAAAUGCAUUUACACAAAUAUAAAUAGUAAUAAUAUGCCACGCAUUGACUGAUUUAAAAGAAAGUUAUUUUCGUAGUACGUAUUAACUGCAUAUUGCUUAAAGGUAAGGAAAACUGUAUAUCCGUCAACGAAUAUGGAAAUAUGUUACGCCAUUAUUUACCCCUAAACACUGCUGAAAACUAUUGGGAUUUUUUUGGCACAAACUCUCACUUUCUAUGUAUACUGUACACACAAAAAUGUUAAUGUAUCCUUAUAUUGAUUUAUAUUUAUAUGUUUUCCUGAAGUUGACAAUAAAACUAUCACUCAAAUAUAGAAAAAAUA